ACUUCCAUCUCCAUCGUCUUCACAAUGGAAUACGACGCCAGUACCUCCUCCGAGUUAGCUUUAUCCGACACCGACAUCUGCUGGGACAGGCUAGACAAAGGAAGAUUUCAUGUCAUUGGAGCUAUUCUCUUCACAGCCCAGUCUGCUUUGAUACAUCCAACAGCUGUUGUGAAGACAAGGAUGCAAGUGGCUAGUUCCGGAUUAUUCUCAUCGCGCAUGACAGGACUGUCUGUUUUUAAACACAUAAUUAAGAAUGAUGGUAUCCCUGGCAUAUUUAGAGGCUUUGGCACAUCAGCCAUUGGAUCACUGCCUGGCAGAGUGCUCGCUUUGACUUCACUUGAGGUAUCAAAAGAUGUCAUGCUCAAGCGCACACAAAGUUUGGAUAUACCGGAAGCAACUCGUGUUGGCAUGUCAAAUGCAGUUGCUGGCAUGAUGUCAAAUCUAAUUUCAUGUGUGUACUUUGUGCCUUUGGAUGUGGUUUGCCAGAGACUCAUGGUUCAAGGGCUUCCUGGAACUAAACAUUGCAAUGGGACAUUUGAUGUUGUACGUAAAGUAAUGAAGGACGAAGGUGUGAGGGGUCUGUAUAGAGGUUUUGGAUUAACGGCUGUGUAUCAGUCCCCUGCUUCUGCACUGUGGUGGGGUGCUUAUGCUGCUUCUCACCAUCUUAUUUGGAGGAGUGUGCAGGUAUAUAGUGAUGAUGGAAUGGUGAAGAAACCAUCUGAUAUGGAGAUGGUUACAGUCCAAGCUACUGCUGGAAUGUUAGCUGGUGCUUGUUCUUCAGUUAUUACAACUCCUAUAGACACUGUCAAAACACGGCUUCAGGUUAUGGAUGGUGAAGAGGGAGGCAGUGGCAUUGGGGAGCGACAGCGGCCAUCAGUGAUGAGAACAGCAAGGGUACUCCUCCAAGAAGAGGGGUGGAGAGGUUUCUACAGAGGUUUUGGGCCAAGGUUCCUUAAUAUGUCUUUCUAUGGAGUUUCAAUGAUAGUAACUUACGAGCUUAUAAAAUUAUUAUCAGAGAGGCUAUCGGUGAAGCAUUCUUGAUGGAUGAAGCACAUCAUGGUUAUGGGAAGCAUGCACAGAUCAGACUGAUCCAAAAUUAGAUCACAUGUACCUAAUCUGAACUCUGAUCUGUAAGUGGCUAAGCUACCUUUGCCCUUGAAUUGGGUUCUUUGUGUAAUACUUCCGGUCUUUUCUACGCUGCUAUUGAUGACAAUGAGAACGAUUUAUGGCUUGGCAUGUACACUGCACAACAGCAUGUAAUUUUACUCAAAUGAUCAAAUAUGGUUAAUGCAUUGCAGCCUGAAGGUAUACAAAGAUAUAGGGAAUAGUGCUUGUGCCCAAGUAUAUUGCUGAUGUAUUUGUAAUUUAUGUUACUCUUUCAGUCAUUUAGAUCCUAAUUUACACUUCGGUAUCACAUACGGAGACACGGAGUAUGUGUAAAAUAAACUCCAUUCUCCUGGGAAAGGAUUACAAUAAGAGUGAUGCUACAUUUACACCACUUUCAUUUUUGUGCUCAUAGGUAUGUGCUAUCGAUGCAAAAAAAAUCAUUCAAUCUGUCCAGAAUCCAACUCAUUUAACCCAAUUCAUUAGAACUGACCUACAU